CCGCAAAGUUCCCCGCAUCUCGUGAUGAAAGCUGGGGAGUUCUGGUGAAAAAGUCGUACUGCUACUGACUCGGGUGCCAAAUUAGGGAAUGUAACUUGGCUGCGGAGCAUACGUACGGAGCAAAGUUAAUCUUGGGCACCGAGAGAAGGAGAAGAGAAGAGGAAAAAAAAAAAGGUACAAAAAGAUCGACAUGUCACCCUUUCUUUCGCUCCCUUGAUCUCGGGUUCUCCGGCUUCCCACCACCCUCUUCCGCCCCGUCGUUGUCGAGUGUAAUCUGUUCCGCUCCCGUCCCUCGUUAAUAAUACCAGCACGAUGAAAUUCACAUUUGUGUCAUCGGCGCUUCUGGCGCUCGUCUCCUCCGCCGCCGCUCAAGCCCCUCCGGUGCCCCAGCCGUUAACUGCGGACUGGCUGCUGAAUAAGGCGGGCAACAACAGCUUGUUCACACGAUGGAGGCCUCGCUCGCACUUCAUUGCGCCCUCGGGCUGGAUGAACGACCCUUGCGGUGCCGUCCACGACCCGGCCACCGACACGUACCACCUUCACUACCAAUUCCACCCCAACCACGUCGGCUGGGGUAACGUUUCGUGGGGCCACGCCGUUUCCAAGGAUCUCUUCCACUGGACUGACGUCGGGGGGUGGGAAAACGACACCGCCGUCUCACUCGCUGCAUCCCACUACAAGACCUCGCCCUUGUCCGUGUUUACCGGAACCACACAGCCGGUAAACCUUCAGGGCGAGCACGACGGAACCCUUUUGACCUUCCUGACCGGUAUUCACCGCCUGCCCACCAACUGGAAAAUUCACUACCAAAAUGGCACCGAGGUUCAGGCUCUUUUCACUAGCAAGGACGCCGGCCUCACCUGGCAGGAGCAAGGCAUCGCGAUUCCCGGCCCUCCCGAGGGUUGGAACGUCACGGGCUUCCGCGACCCUUCCUUUUUCCCCAACCCGGACCUGGACGCCAUGCGCAACGUCUCGGAACCACACUACUACGCCGUGCUGGGCUCGGGCCUCAAGGGCCCCGACGUCCCCGCCGAGCUCCCCGGUGCCGCCCGCCCGGGGUACAUCGGCCCGCGCAUGCCGCUUUACACAGCUCCGGCAUCCAACCUCACCGAUUGGAAGUUUCUCGGCGCUCUCUGGGAACCCGCCGCCAACUCCAGCUUGGGCAACCCCGACGUCACGGGCUCCUUUGGCUACAACUUUGAGGUCAGCGGCCUGUUCGAGCUCAAGGCCAACGGCAGCGACGACGGCGCCUUUUUCGUGACCACUGGAGCCGAGGGUGGCAACACCACGCGCCACGUGCGCGAGCAGUGGGCCGUCUGGGCGCGCGGUAACCUCUCGCCGCGCGCCAACGGCAGCAUCGAGCUGAAGCCCUCGUCCGGCGGCGCCGUGGACUGGGGUCUGUCGUACGCCCAGGCCUCGUUCGUCGACUCGCGCAAGGGCAACCAGGAAAGGCGGGUCAUGUGGGGCUGGGCCAACGAGGACAUCGAGGACGACGUGGAGCUCGCCGUCGCCAGGACCAUGGGCUACGCCGGUGCCAUUACCCUGCCCACGGAGCUCUUCCUCAUGGAGACUCGGGGCGUGCAGAAGCACGACUACGUCGACGGCAACGAGUGGAUCCCCGACAAUGGCGCCUUUACCGCCCAGACUCUGGGGAUCAGGCCGCUGCCCGACGUUAUAGAGAAGCUCAAGACGGGCGCCGCCCUCAACACCUUUGACGUCGCCACCGUCACGGCCGGCACGCCCAAGAAGGUCUCGGAGAACGUCGGCGACUCGUACGUCCUGACCGCGACCCUGGCCGCCCCCAACGGCACCGCGGGCAUCGUUAUCGCUCAGAGCCCCGACAACUCCGAGUACACCAGCAUCGUUUACGACGCUGCGGCCAAGACGAUCGGCGUGCGCCGCGACCACAGCAGCUCGCUCGUCGGCAUUUUUAGCAACUACACGCACGAGGGACACUUUGCCCCUUACAAGACCGCGGGCGGCGCGGCCGAGGACAUCAAGUUCACCAUCGUCUACGACAAGUCGCUGCUCGAGGUCUUUGUCAACGACCGCUUCGCCCUCACCAGCCGCAUCUACCCAGUGCGCACCGACAGCACCGCCCUCAGCUUCUUCACCGGCGCCUUUGGGUCGGACAAGAAGACGGAUGCGACCGAGACGACCGUCUGGAAGGACGUCAAGCUCUGGAUGGGACUGGCCAAGGCCUGGACCGAGCGCCCCGACGACUCGAGCUCGCCGCUGCACUGGGACAGUGCUGAGCAGACCAACAACUACACCUGGUGGAACGGAUGGUAAAUGGUUACCGGCUUGAUCAAAAUAGGAAAAAGGGCGGUCAUGUUUGAGAGAUAGGUAAUAAUAAUGAAAUUGUAUUAUUAUUAUUAUUAUUGAGAGUAGAUUUACUUGUCUCACAG